GUGAUCUCAGAUCGGGAAAACCCAAUAACCCAAAUGGCAGAUUCCUCAGUUACUCUCUUCUCCCCAAUCAAGAUGGCCAAGUUCAAUCUCUCACACAGGUCACUCUUGCUAGCCGCUCUCCUAGUUCCUUGCAAAUUUGGUGGUCCUUGCGCCGAUGACGCGCUGCCGAGCCUUGAACGGACUGCCGCAGCCGGCCCUGGCCGAGUACUACUCUCAGCGGUCAACCCCCGGCGGAUUUCUCAUCAGCGAAGGCACUCUGAUAUCCGACACAGGCGCAGGGUUUCCUCAUGUUCCUGGGAUUUUCUCAGAUGAACAGGUUGAGGCAUGGAAGAAGGUAGUCGACGCCGUCCACGCGAAAGGAGCCAUAAUUUUCUGUCAGCUAUGGCAUGUAGGUCGUGCUUCUCAUGGAGUUUACCAACCUGGUGGGGGAUCGCCGAUUUCUUCAACAAACUGUCCCAUUUCAAAGAGAUGGAAGAUUCUCUUGCCGGAUGGGUCUCAUGGCACCUACCCUCAGCCACGACGCCUUGAAAUACAUGAAAUUCCCAACAUUGUGGAGCAGUAUCGUCGCGCUGCGUUGAAUGCCAUUCGAGCAGGUUUUGAUGGAAUUGAGAUACAUGGGGCGCAUGGCUAUCUAAUUGAUCAAUUCUUGAAAGAUGGGAUCAACGAUCGAACUGAUGAGUAUGGUGGCUCACUUGAAAAUCGCUACAGAUUCUUGAUUCAAAUUGUUCAAGCAGUAGUUGAAGCCAUUGGUGCUGAUAGAGUUGGUGUCAGAGUCUCACCAGCUAUUGAUCACCUUGAUGCUACCGACUCCGACCCAGUUAGCCUAGGCUUUGCUGUGAUAGAAAGGCUUAACAAGCUUCAACAGAACAUAGGCUCAAAACUCACGUACCUUCAUGUGACUCAGCCUCGUUACGCUGCCUAUGGUCAAGCAGAAUCAGGCAAACAUGGCAGUGAUCAAGACGAAGCAGAAUUUAUGAGGACUCUGAGAAAAGCUUAUCAAGGUACAUUCAUGGCUAGUGGUGGCUUUACUAGAGAGCUAGGAAUGGAAGCUGUGGCUUCUGGUGAUACUGAUCUAGUGUCUUAUGGUCGCUACUUUAUCUCAAACCCUGACUUGGUUUUGAGAUAUAAGCUUAAUGCACCCUUGACCAAGUAUGUCAGGAAAACAUUUUACACCCAAGACCCUGUUGUUGGGUACACUGAUUACCCGUUCCUUAACAAAACAAGUGUUAGAGAGCAAGCACUCUCCCGCCUUUGAUUGUUAUGCUGUUAUAAUUGUGCUUGAACAUUUGGAUAAAUAAAAACCUUGUGAGAGAUUGGAAUGCUA